AUGGCUCAAGUACAUGUUGAUGAUAUAGUAUUUGGAGCUACCAUUGAUGCUUGGGCUAUAGAGUUCUCUGAGGAGAUGAAGAAAGAAUUUGAGAUGAAUAUGGUGGGGGAGCUUACAUUUUCCUUGGGCCUUCAAGUCAAACAAAAGAAAGAAGGCAUAUUCAUUUCACAAGAAAUAUAUGCUAGAAAUAUUGUCAAGAAGUUUGGAUUAGACUCCAAAAAGCAUGCCUCUACUCCCAUGAGUUCGUCUACAAAGUUGAAUGUUGAUUCUUCCGUGGUAGAAGUGAGUCCAACUAUGUAUAAGAGUAUCAUUGGAAGUUUACUCUAUCUUACAACUAGUAGAUCGGAUAUUGCAUUUAGCGUGGGUGUUUGUGCUAGAUAUCAAGCUACUCCAAAGGAAUCCCACCUGACUGUAGUGAAGCGAAUCAUACGAUAUAUCAAUGGAACUCCGGAUUAUGGGUUGUGGUAUUUAAAGGACUCUAAUGCUUACCUUGCCGGUUAUUCAGAUGCAGACUGGGUUGGAAGUGUGGAUGAUCGAAAGAGUACUUCAAGUGGUUGCUUCUACCUUGACAAUCAAAAGGUGGACAUCUUCACCAAGCCUCUCAAUGGUGCAUGGUUUAAAUCACUCCGUAAGACCAUUGGUGUUGGUACAAUUCCUUGA